AUGGACCAAUUCUUGCUCGACAACGCCCGCGCCUAUGAGAAGCUGGUUGGGCAAUUCAAACCCGCCGCUAAACCCCAAGACAAAAAAGAUGGCGGCCGAAACACGGACAUCAUCAUCGCCAGCCGUUUACGGCCCAUGCUUGAAGAUGAGAUUGCUGCAGGCCUAGUUCCAGGAGUCCUUCCUCGAAAGGACGAUGAUCUCAAUGUUGACCUGCACGAGUUGAGAAAGACUGUCCGAGGCACACCAGCAUUAAACUCCUCUAGCUUCCGCCUUGACAAAGUAUUCAACGCGGAAGACUCUACGGAAAGUAUUUUCGAAGAUCUUGUGCAGUCUCUCAUUCCCUGGGCGUGGGGAGGCGGUGUGAGCACCAUGUUCGCUUACGGUCAGACGGGCUCUGGAAAGACCUUUACCGUCAGCGGGCUGCAACGCCUUGCUGCAUCGAGCCUAAUGGACGGCUCUUUAGACGGCUCCAGAAACAUUUCCAUCUCCAUCCUCGAACUUGCAGGAAACUCUGCCUUUGACCUCCUCAACUCCCGCAAACCAGUUUCCAUCCUCGAAGAUUCCUUCGGCUCAACACACUUCGCCGGAGCUACCGAACACUCCGUCAAAGACCUACCAGCUCUCCUCUCCUACAUCGACCACGCGGCCUCCUUCCGCAGCACCGCCUCAACCCUCAAGAACGACGCCUCCUCGCGCUCGCACGCCAUCUGUCGCAUCCGCCUCGAAAAUCCAGCAAUCCCGCAAUUCGAGGACGGCCUCCUCUACCUCAUCGACCUGGCCGGUUCAGAGGCCGCCAGGGAUGUAGUUGCGCACUCAGCUGAGAGGAUGAAAGAAGCUCGAGAGAUUAAUGCGUCACUCUCCGUGUUGAAGGAUUGUAUCCGCGGACGAGCGAUGCUGGACCUAGUGGAGACGGGAGGCAAAGUGUCGGUCAAAGCCAAGACGCACAUCCCCUUCCGGCAGAGCACCUUGACCAAGGUGCUGAAGCAUGUUUUUGACCCUGCGGGGAUGAGAAGCUGUCGGACCGUGGUCGUGGCAUGUGUGAACCCGAGCUUCACGGAUGUAGCGGCCAGUAAAAAUACGUUGAGAUUCGCCGAGAUGCUGCGCGUCCCCGUGCCGAAGAAAGAUGCGGCUGCGUAUAAUCCUUCGAGGCCCGUCACAUGGCCCAACGAUAAACUCCAAGAAUGGAUUGAGAAGAACUCUGGCUCGCCCGCAAUAUCAGGUCCUCUCCUCGCUCCGUUCGAAACGGGCCACCAACUCCUACGAAUCCCCGUCCCAGAAUUCGUCUCCCGAUGCCUCAAAACUCCCGGCGUAACCGUCGACCAGGCCCAAGCAUUCCAAGCCAAAUUCUGGCGCCUGCACGUCGACUCGCGCAGCCCCGCAUCCAGCGAAUCCAAAGACGACGCGACCGAGAAGGCCGAGAAGGAUUACGUAGACAGCGCGGGAAUAUCGAGUCGGGAUUCACGCCCGGAGAUGGCUAACGUGGAGUUCAAGGAACGUAUUCGGCCGGGUAUGGUGGUGGAAUGGAAGCCGCCGUAUAUUGUUACGGACAGCAUCCGACCCUUGGCUCUGGUACUUUCAUCGGUGGAGGGAAGCGGAGAAGGCGAGGAGAAAAAGUACACGUGUGCUCAGGUGGCGCCGGGACUUAUGCAUGGGUCACUGGAGGUUUAUAUUUGGAGACAAGUGGAGGUGCGUGUCGGGGCGAUGCUGAAGGAGGUGUUGCUGGAGUAUGAUGUUGGGACGCGAUAUUAUUAUGAGACGCUGUAG